AAGCUUCAACAGUUGAACAAAUUUCAAUCUAUCGAACAAAUCCUAUGAGGAGUGACCAGUCUCCAACGUCCUUACACCAUUCGUACGUUCCACCUUUGGCAACCUCCAACAAGGUUCCCUGCCAUGUUUGAUGAAUAUAUUAGCCCUCAUUUGUCAUAUAUAUAUAUAUAUUAGCCCUCAAUUAAAUUAAAUAUUAAAUAAUUAAAUAAACAAGUUAAAAUUUUUUUAAAAUUUUUAUUAAAUAAACCGACAUUCGCUAUUCUAAUUCUAUCCUGCUUGUACUGCUGUGUUGUGUGUAUCGCACACUCUUUUGAAUAUCAAAGAUAUUGAAAUUAAAAAAAAAAAGGGAAAAAAAGAGGGGAAUUAGGAGGAGUCAAGGGUGGAAUAUAUGUCCUUCAAGCAAUCAAGGUCAGAUAAAAGUGAGCAACAACAGUACAGAAAAUUAGGGCGAUCCGCCAGCUCUAAUCAGCAGCAGCGGACCUCCUCAGGCGUUUACGGUGAGGGGGCUGGCGGUGGUCCCGCCCCUUCAUCGUCUCUUUCUUCGUCUUCAUCUUCCAGUCGAAGUUUUAAGAAGUCUAACAAUGCACAAGGAGGGCAACCCAGGGUACAUACUCCGGCUGUAAAUUCUACUGAGUCUAGUAAUGCUUCUGCUGCUCGUAAUAUACAAACUGGUGCACGUGUACAGCCCCAAUUGCAAGGAGCAUCCAAUAUGCUGGUUGCAAGUGGUGUUGCCAAGCCGGUUGGAUCAUCUGCCAAUCAGAGAAGCACCCAAGCUGUUCCGAAGGCUCCAACUUCUCUAUCUGCCUCCUUGAGUUCUGACAGUAGUUUUUCCACACACCCCACAAAGGGAGAUGCAUCCCAAGCAUUCUCUUUACAGUUUGGGUCCAUAAGUCCUGGUUCAAUGAAUGGAAUGCAGAUUCCAGCACAAACUAGCUCAGCACCCCCAAAUUUGGAUGAGCAGAAACGCGAUCAGGCAUGCCAUGGUUCUUCUGUUAAAUCUGUGUCAAAUUUGCCCACUACUGUUCCUUGGCAGCAGCUACCAAGAAAAGAUUCAGUUGCAACUGGCCAAUCUAAUUCUGGGGAGGCUCACUCCAUGCCCAUGGUCAAAAAAGAUGUACAAGCCUCCGCAGGACCCCCUGCGAACCAGACACAGAAGUCAUCUCAUCUUAAUAUUCCCAUGGCCUCAAUGCAAAUGCCAUUUCAUCACCAACCUCAGGUUCCCAUGCAAUUUGGUGUGAGUAAUCCACAGAUUCAAUCUCAGUCUCUGAGUGUAAGUGCUACUUCAAUCCAGAUGCCAGUGCGUAUGCCAAUCCCAGUGGAAAAUGACCCUCAGGUGAUGCAGCAGCAACUUUUAGUCCCAGGUCUUUCGCCUUACCCAUUGCCACUUCAGGGAAUGAUGCAUCAGGGUCAGGGCUUGAGUUUCACGCCACCUUUGGGUGGUCAGCUUGCACCCCAAUUGGGCAACUUGGGAAUGGGCAUUGCCCCUCAGUAUCCUCAACAGCAAGGAGGGAAAUUCAGUGUUCCUCGAAAAACUACUGUCAAGAUUACACACCCUGAGACUCGCGAAGAAUUAAGGCUUAAUGAACGAACAGAUACAUAUUUAGACAGUGGGUCAUCAGGUCCAAGGUCUCAUCCUAUUGUGCCUUCUCAAUUCCAACCAGUUCCAUCAUUUGCUCCUCAUUCAAUCAACUAUUAUUCCGAUCCUUACAAUACCAAUUCCAUCUUUUAUCCACCACCAAAUACUCUGCAACUGUCUAGUAGCCAGAUAGCAGUAGCACCAAAUGCCCAAGGGCUGAGAUUUAAUUAUCCUGUUGGCCAGAGUCAUCAAAACAUUUCUUAUAUGAACUCAGCAGCUGCCCAUGGUUCACUUCCAGUUAAUAAAUCUGUAAAUCUUAAACAUGGUACUUUAGAAUCACCAAGUGUGGAACUGGCAUGUGAUGUUCACGAUGUAGCAUCCUCUGCUUCAUCAGGCAUAACACUGGUUACAGUCAAGCCAGCAAUUGUUUCUGCUGGAGAAAAGGUGAUAGAUUCAUCUUUAUCAAUUAAUUUGCCCGCUGUUGAAAAGGUUGGAUUACUAAAACCUUCAGUACCAUCUAGUGACGGUAGCUUAUCUCAGGCUCAAAGAGAUUUGGAUACUUGUCAAGAGAGCUCUGUACAGCAGCCAAAAUGUGAAAGUGAAUCAUUAGCAUCCAAUUCAUUGCCAGCUACAGCAACAAAAAGAGUUCAAGCAACUAACUUGGAUGAGUUCGUAUCUUCUGCUCCAGCUGCUAUGUCUGAGGAGUCAGGCCGGGUUGUUGUCGGUAAUGACAGCGGGAGGGACAGUUUGACCUAUUCUAACUCUGUAAAAGAUUAUCAGAAGAAGCCGGGUAAGGAAGGACAUAUUCAGCCACCAAAUCAGUCCAUGUCAACAUCCUACUCGGCUUCCCACACUGCAGAACACAGUAUUUCCUCCGACAGUGCAGUCUCUGACACUAUAAGGGCCAAAACAGCUUUAACAUCAUCAUCAGCUGCUUAUGUUUUGCCACAACCUACCAAGAAGUUAUCAAUUAAUGGUUCUUCAACUUCUUCUAUAGAUCUGAGGACAGACAGGAAGAGAGACGGCUUAACCUUUGAUUCAUCUGAAGUUUCUGGUACUGGCAGUAAUGUUGAUUGCUUGGACGUGGUUCAGCAUGCUAAUAUAGAUGGUUCUUCCAAGCUUGAUGAGCAACUGAAACCUGAAAUUAAUAGAAUUAAGGAUCCCUUGAAAUCUAUGGAGCUUGAAUCCGAUCAGAAUUCUGCUUUGGAGGUAUCAACUACCAGUUAUAUUGUUCCUACCUUUGUUACUGCACGUCCAAUGCUUGAUGAAGACGUUGGGGCUAGCAUUGAAAAUAAGAGAGUCUCUGAUAGUAUGGAUUUUUCUUCCUCUAAAGUAUCCAAAUCUACAGAUCUUGAAAGUUCACAUGUUGUAAUCACCUUUGGUUCCAAUGCAUCUGCAAAAGCCGUCGAUAGCAAUGAGGUCACUGUUACUAAAUCUGGUGCAUCUGACCAGCAGUCUACUCUGGUCACAACUACUGGUCUCUUCGAUUCAUCAUCAAAAUAUGAAGGAGGUGGUGUUCCUGUACCUAGUUCAAAGGACAAACCUGCACCAGAUCUCAGUAGGACAAAGAGUACUUCAGUUAGAUGGAGGAAAAAAAGACAAGAAUUUCUUGAGAAGGCUGAUGCUGCCGGGACAACUUCUGAUCGCUACAUAGCUUUUAAAAUUCCCGAGGAAAAGAAAGAGACAGUCGUACCUUCAGCAAGUGCAGAGAGCAAUUGCACUGGGGUUGAUUUGAAGCUGGUAUCUCAUGAGUCCCCUCAGGUGGAUUCUACAGGAAGUGAGAAACUUGCACAGGAUAAGGCUCAACUUGAUGAUUGGGAAGAUGCUGCUGACAGCUGUGCACCAAAAUUAGAAACUUCUAAUAAUGGCGAGAAGGCUCAUGAAGGGUUAAUAAAUAUCGAGAAAGAUGGAAGUGGGAAUAUAUCAAAGAAGUAUUCCAGAGAUUUCCUUCUUAAGUUUGCCGAGCAGUGUACUGAUCUUCCACAAGGUUUUGAGAUUGCUUCAGAUAUUGCGCCCUUGAUGACUCCCAAUGUCAAUGGCUCGCACCUUGUUGAUCGUGAUUCAUAUCCUAGUCCUAGAAGAAAAAUGGAUAGGCAAUCUAGUGGAUCUCGAUUAGAUCGACGUGGUAGUGGAAUGGUUGAUAACGAGAGAUGUGUGAAACUAUCUGGUUCUUUUAGGUCAGGAAGGGAUAUGCGUCUUGAUCCUAGUUAUGGUGCUGCUGCAAGUUUUCAGCCUGCCCAGGGAGGUAACUUUGGCAUUGUAAGGCACCCACGAGCUCAAACAUCGCUGCCAUUUGUUGGAGGGAUCCUUGCUGGACCAAUGCACCCUAUGGGUCUGCAAGGAGGGAUGCCAAGAAAUAGUCCUGAUACUGACAGGUGGCAGCCUGUUGCUAACUAUUCGCAGAAGGGGUUGAUUUCUUCACCACAAACACCAUUACAGAUGAUGCACAGAGCUGCAAGAAAGUAUGAAAUGGGUAAAGUUACUGAUGAGGAAACCUUAAAGCAAAGGCAACUAAAAGCCAUUUUGAACAAACUAACUCCCCAAAACUUUGAGAAACUCUUUGAGCAAGUAAAAGCAGUGAACAUUGACAAUGCAGUUACACUCACAGGUGUCAUCUCACAAAUCUUUGACAAAGCUUUGAUGGAGCCUACUUUCUGUGAAAUGUAUGCGAACUUCUGUUAUCAUCUGGCAGGAGAGUUGCCUGAUUUUAGUGAAGGCAAUGAAAAGAUUACUUUCAAGAGAUUGCUGCUGAACAAGUGCCAGGAGGAAUUUGAAAGAGGGGAGAGAGAGCAAGAAGAAGCAAAUAAAGUUGAGGAAGUGGGUGAGGCUAAACGGUCUGAGGAGGAAAGAGAGGAGAAGAGAAUCAAGGCACGGAGACGAAUGUUGGGUAACAUCAGACUUAUUGGAGAGGUGUACAAGAAGAAAAUGUUAACUGAGAAAAUCAUGCAUGAAUGCAUCAAGAAAUUACUUGGUGAAUAUGAGAAUCCUGAUGAAGAAGAUAUUGAGGCUUUGUGCAAAUUAAUGAGUACGAUUGGAGAAAUGAUAGACCAUCCCAAAGCAAAGGUGUCUAUGGAUGCCUAUUUUGAGAGGAUGGCUAAGUUGUCAAACAAUGUGAAAUUAUCUUCUAGGGUUAGGUUCAUGUUGAAAGAUGCUAUUGAUCUGAGAAAGAAUAAGUGGCAGCAGAGGAGGAAAGUUGACGGGCCUAAAAAGAUUGAAGAAGUGCACAGAGAUGUCGCUCAAGAGCGACAAGCACAAGCCAGUAGGCUUGCUCAUGGUCCGGGCAUCAAUCCUGCUGCAAGAAGGGCACCCUCGGAUUUUGGCCCACGAGCAUCUGUGUUAUCUUCUCCUGGUCCUCAGGUAGGUAGUUUCCGUGGGUCACCAACUCAGCUCCGUGGUUUUGGGGCUCAGGAUGCUCGCAUGGAUGACAGGCUGCGUAUUGAGACUAGGAAUUUGUUAGUUCCCUUGCCUCAAAGACCAGUCGGUGAUGAUUCUAUUGCUUUGGGCCAUCAGCGUGGCCUAGCUAGAGGGAUGGAUUUUAGAGGACCGCCAGCAAUGCCAAGUACUCCCUUAGCUGAUGUUUCUCCUAUUUCUGGAGAUUCAAGAAGAUUGGCUGCUGGUUUGAAUGGUUUUAGUUCUCUACCAGAGCGGGCUAAUUAUGGUUCUAGAGAGGAAUUCAUGCCAAGAGAUAUGAGAGAGAGAUUUGCAGCGCCAGCUGCUUAUGACCAGUUGAGUUCCCAGGAACCUGGCAUGAGUUUCAGUAAUAGGGAUUUGAGGAACCCAAAUAGACCUCUUGCAGCAUCUCCUGCACGAGGCCAAACAUCAGGCUUCGCUCAAAAUACUCCUUAUGCUAGGGAUGAGAAAGAAGUUGCUUUGUGCAUCAAAGAUUUGAACUCUCAGAGCUUCCAUCCGACAAUGAUUGCUCUUUGGGUAACAGACUCUUUCGAGAGGAAAGAUAUGGAACGGCAUCUUUUGGCAAAGCUACUUGUCAAUCUGGCAAGGUCCCAUGAUGGUGUGUUGAGCCAAGAUCAACUUGUUAAAGGGUUUGAAUCUGUUCUCAGCACAUUGGAGGAUGUAGUGAAUGAUGCUCCGAAAGCUGCUGAAUUUCUUGGUCAUAUCCUUGCCAAAAUCAUAGUAGAAAAUGUGGUUACCCUGAGUGAGAUUGGACGUUUAAUAUAUGAUGGGGGAGAGGAGCCAGGGCGUCUACUAGAAACAGGGCUGGCUGCUGAUGUUCUUGGAAGCACCUUGGGGGUAAUUAACACAGAGAAAGGAGAAACUGUCUUGAAUGAAAUUCGAGCAAGUUCGUGUCUGCGAUUGGAGGACUUUCGACCUCCACAUUCUAACAAAUCAAGCAUUUUAGAAAAGUUUAUUUAAUUGUUUAGUAUAGAUUAGUGACUGAUGCCCCUCUGUAUUUUGUUACUAGAAAGAAAUUCAUGUCUAGCGCUUUAGUCUAGUCGCAAAAAAAUUCUUUUUAUGUGCGUGGCUGGGGUUUUACAUAUGGGAUUCUUCUUCUCCAUAUUUUUUACAUUAAUUAUACUUCUUGAAAAUAUUUCACUGUAAUUAAGAAAGAUCAGAAUUUAGCA